AUGUAUCUUGAAUCACAUCCAUGGAAUGUAUGUCACUGUGCAAUGUACUUGCGUUCUGCUCUUGGCCAGCUGACAAUUCCAGUUUUCUUCAUGCCUUUUACCUCCCCCUUGGCGGGUAAGUGGUUCGACUGCUAUGGACCGCACUUGCCCAUUGCCAUCGGGUCUGGCCUGCAUGUCUUUGGACUGCUGAUGGCCAGUCUCUCCCACAAGUACUACCAAUUUACGCUCAGCCAGUCUGUGAUGUCUGGAAUUGGUUCCUCACUGAUCUUCAUCCCGGCGAUGAACCUGGUUCCGUCAGAAGGGGCAAUCGUUGGUGGUUUGGCGGUAGCAGGUUCAUCAUUGGGCGAGGUCAUUUUCCCGCUGAUGGUACAGCAUCUGCUGCCGCAGGUGAGCUUUGGCUGGACGAUGCGCAUCAUCGCGUUUCUGAUCAUGGGACUGCUGGUCAUUGCUAGUCUCACCAUCUCCUCUCAAUUCCGACACGCACCACGUCCGUUUUCCGUGAUGCAUUAUCGCGGACCGUUGUGGAAACUUAAUCUCGAUCUUCUGUGUGUGGCUAGCUUUUUCAUGUACUAUCGUCGUUGA